CAUAGGUCCUACGGGCAUAUCCGACAGCUAUCCAUGAAGGUUUAGACUAUGACUUGCUCCAUUCUCUAACAUUUUUGUGUCUCACACUAAAAAAAUGAGAGGUGCAGAAUUCUGAGGCUAAAUAGCUAGAAAAUACUCACUCAAAGUUGCAAAUUCUUCAGAGGGAGUGUGGGGGGCCAUUCCCAUUACAGGAAGAAGCCCAAGGGAAGCAAAACCCAGAUGGUUCCCACGAGAGUCCUCCUUUUGGCUGUGGUGACUUCUACGGCACUGGCUGGGCCAUGGGCUAAUAUAUGUGCUGGCAAGUCUUUCAACGAGAUCCGGACGUGUGACAGCCAUGGCUGUGGACAGUACUCUGCUCAAAGAAAUCAAAGGACUCACCAGGGCGUGGAUGUCUUGUGCCCCGCCGGAUCUGCUGUGUAUGCACCGUUUUCUGGAAUAAUUAUGGGCCAGGAGAAACCUUACAAAAACAAAAAUGCUAUCAAUAAUGGCGUUCGAAUGUCUGGAAGAGGUUUCUGUAUCAAAAUUUUCUACAUUAAGCCCAUUAAGUAUAAAGGCGCUAUCAAGAAGGGAGAAAAGUUGGGAACUCUGUUGCCUUUGCAGAAAGUUUACCCUGGCAUACAAUCGCAUGUACACAUCGAAAACUGUGACUUAAGUGACCCCACUGCAUACCUGUGAGUGGAAGACAAAUGACAGCUUCUAAGUAGAAAGUCUUCUUAAAAAUCUGGUUGCAUAUUCCGCUUUUCAAGAAAUUUGUGUUCAAAUAGAAACAUGAUAAAGAAAUAAAACAGCAUUUUCCUUUCAA